CAGCUGAUCAACUCGAUCGAGCAGCAAUCGGAUCUUCGUUUUCGCGAGUGUUUGAUUCGUGGGUGAUCGGUUUCUGAAGCUCGGAUCAAUGGCUUCCCACCAGGACCAGGCUAGCUACCGCGCCGGCGAGACCAAGGCCCACACUGAGGAGAAGGCCGGGCAGGCGAUGGGCGCGAGCAAGGACAAGGCGUGCGAGGCGAAGGACAGGGCGUCGGACGCGGCGGGGCACGCCGCCGGCAAGGGGCGCGACACGAAGGAGGCGACCAAGGAGAAGGCGUGCGAGGCGAAGGACAAGGCGUCGGAGACGGCGCAGGCGGCCAAGGACAAGACGUCCGGCACGGCGCAGGCGGCGAAGGACAGGGCCGCCGAGAGCAAGGACCAGACGGGGAGCUUCCUCGGCGAGAAGACCGAGCAGGCCAAGCAGAAGGCCGCCGAGACCGCCGACGCCGCCAAGCAGAAGACCGCCGAGACGGCGCAGUACACCAAGGACUCCGCCGUCGCCGGCAAGGACAAGACCGGCAGCGUCCUCCAACAGGCGAGUGAGCAGGUGAAGAGCACGGUGGUCGGUGCGAAGGACGCGGUGAUGAACACGCUGGGGAUGACCGGAGACAAGGCCGGCGACGACGGCGGCAGCAAGGACACCAGCGCCGCCACCGCCACCGCCACCGGGACGACGGCCAGGGAUCACUAGACGCGCGAUGAACAGCACCCACCUGAAAGGAUUUCCCUUUUGGCUCUAUUUUAUUUGUAUCAUGUAUGUUUAAUGGUUUUUUCGCUUCAAAUUUGGUGUAAGUUUGGUUUAUAUUUUGUGUCGGAGUCUGUAUCGAUGCUGUAUGAAGAAGUCGUCGUCGCCGACGAGGAUGUGAUCUGACGUGUGUUCGAUCAGUUUCGUCGGAGUUCUCGUUUGCGUUCUGUUUAUUUAUGGUGUAACAAUAAUAAAGUUUGGGCCUAAAGCCUGCAUUUGUGGUUUAAAUGAUUUCAAUAUUUCCC